AUGUUCCAGUGUUUGCUGUUGCUCUUGUCGGCACUUUCCCUCGUCCAUGCUCAGAACACUGGCAGUUCUCAGACAUUCUACCCUGCUGCUGUCCCUUUAGCCGUUCGCUCCCCAUAUUUCAGCGCCUGGUUGCCAACCCUGAACACUUCACUCCCAGUAUCGAAUACAUGGCCGUCCUUCUGGGCCUUGAAUAACCCUAGUCCAGUACUGGGUUGGGCUGGUCAUAUUAGAAUCGACAGCCAGACAUACAAAUGGCUUGGAAAUGCAAACGAGCCCUUCAAUGUCUCUAAUCUCACUAGCACACAGGUUACACCCACUCGCACAGUCUUCUCGCUACAAGCAGGUCCGAUGGAUUUGACCGUCACUUUCCUUAGUCCGAUAGAGCCCUCAGAUUUGGUGCGGCAGUCGAUGCCCUUCUCUUAUGUUGCGCUAGACGCAACAUCGAACGAUGGAAAGCCCCAUAAUGUUCAGGUGUAUUCGGAUAUCAGUGGAGAGUGGCUGUCAGCAAAUCGUACCCAAGUUAUGACUUGGAAUACCACUCAUGGAGCUAAUGCUAUAUACCAUACAUUAUCUCUUCAGUCGCCUUCUCCUAUGACAGAAGAUUCCGGGCAAGCUGAAGAUGGCACUGCAGUUUACGCCAUGUCGACUAGUCUAAACCCGACAUUCCAAGUCAAUGAAGAUACAACCUGCCGUGGACAAUUUGCGCAAUCCGGUAGUCUUACCAACGAAGGAGAGGGUUCAAAUGUUCACGAUAUUUCUACUCCAUGGUUUCCUGUCUUCGCUCUUUCUGCGGAUCUUGGAACUAUCAAUUCGACAUCAUCUCCUGUGGUUUGGGCUAUAGGCUUUGUCCGCGAUCCCUCCAUCGAAUACACGAACUCCACAGGCGAGACUGAGCUCCGAAGUCCGUACUACCGGACACAGUAUGAUGGCAUCGAUGAAGUGAUCGAGGCAUUUCUAUCUGACUUCUCUAACGCACAAACGAGAUCUGUCACGUUGGACGAGAAGAUUCUUCAAGAUGCAUCCGCUAUAUCUGCAGACUAUGGCGAUCUCGUCUCUCUGGCUGCUCGCCAGACAUUCGGGGGUAUCGACAUCACUGUUUCUAACGGGACGGACGGACAGUGGAAUACCACGGAUGUUAAGAUAUUUAUGAAGGACAUAGGGACGAGCGGACGAAUUUCUCCAGUUGAAGUGCUCUAUGCUGCGUUCCCUACCUUCCUGUAUCUCAAUGCUUCGUACGGAAAGCCGCUUCUUUCUCCUCUGCUCGAGUUCCAAGAUUCUCCGCGUUACACGUUAUCUUACGCUGCUCAAGACCUUGGCACGUCCUACCCUGUCGCACAAGGUGAUACUAGUCCCAACCAGCAGGGAGUAGAACAGUCAGGAAAUAUGUUGAUCAUGGCUCUGGCGCAUGCAAGAGCCACUGGAGAUGGAUCGUUACUUGGCGAACAUUAUGGUUUGUUCAAGCAAUGGGGCAAUUAUCUUGUCAACAACUCAAAGACACCCAUAAAUCAGAUCUCUGCGGAUGAUCAAGAGGCUGCGAACAUGACCAACCUGGCUAUCAAGGGAAUCAUCGCUAUCCAAGCCAUGUCGGAGAUUAGUCGGGCUGUUGGAGAAAAUGCUGAUGCGCAGAACUUUGCAAAUAACGCGGCCGCGUAUGCGGCUACUUGGCAAUCAUUGGCGGAGUCUGCUUCUCAAAACCAUUUGUUGUUCAGCUACGGAGAAGCUAAUUCUUGGGCGCUGAUGUACAACUUGUAUGCGGACCUUCUAUUGGGCACUCGCCUUGUCAGCGAGACGGUAUACGAUCAACAGGCCGCUUAUUACGAGGCGUUGUCCCAAUCCAAUCCGUAUACAUUCGGGCUACCGAUCGACAGCGACGCUGCAACGAAAGGUAAUUCCGCAUGGCUGUUGUUCACAGCUGCCACGUGUCAGAACACAUCUGUGCGCGAUAGCCUGGUGGCGAUGGCCUGGAAACACGCUGCGUUCAAUCAGACUGCAGCAGUGUUUCCCACUACUUAUCUAGUGGAUACAGGGGCGGGAACUAGAGGUAUGGCUAGCCCCGGACAGGGCGCCGUAUUCGCACCAUUGGCUCUCAAUAUCGCCAAUGUUACUAUUGUAGUUCCCCAGGCAACGGGCUCGAGUUCCACCACGAAGCACACUAUCAACGUGGGAGCCAUCGUUGGUGGUGGUGUUGUCGGUGGCAUUUGCGGUUUGGCCCUCGUCGCAUUGGUGGCCUUCCUGUAUCGGCGGAGAGCUCAACGUUUGAAACUGGGAGGCUUUGAGGGAGAAAACGUUGUUAUCUAUGAUCCCACUCAAGAACCGCUCGUACACCAAGUGACGCCGUUCGCCCCUGCUUCCCGGCCGCUACCGAGUCUGCCGGUGGACUCUCCGACGGUCUACUCAUCAAAGGCGAGAGAGCAUUUGGAAGCAGGCCUUAUGGCUGGACCAUCUCCAGCUUCUUCAUAUACUUCCACUUCUCAGGCACCCUCCAGCAGGGAGCCACCAACCACAUUUGGCAGCGACACACAACCUGCCACUGUGUCUAGUCCUAUAGUAUCUCCGUCAGACGUACGCGACCUGCGCGCAGAAGUAGAGAUCCUGCGGAGGGUCAUGCAGGACAUACACGCCGAAAGAUUGGAACCACCUCCCGGCUACGUCGGGUGA